UUUACAUUUACAUUUGCAUUGUUGAAUUUUGCUAGUUUUUCUUAUUAUUAUCAUUACAGAUUCUGUUUUAUUUUAUUUGUAAUAUGAGCACACAGGUUAUCAUUGACAGGAUCGCUCAGAAGAAGCAAGAGCUAGCGGCGCUCGAGCAAGUCCAAGCGUUAUCGGAAAACACUGCCUCGCAUUGUCUAGAACUCAACCGCCAAAUGGGCAAAGUGGUCGAACAGUACAAGUCAAUUCUGGGAAUAGCCAAGGGCUGGUCUGGUGCAUUCGAGAAUGCCGCUUUGGUUGAUAUUCCACAGACUAAUUCGAACGAGGAUGAUUCUGACCAACCUGAGAGUGUCAUUCGGAUACCUGCUGCUGCCGAAAGUUUGUGAAAAAAACCCAAGUUGAUGAAUAAGACUGAUUCCUUUUUUUCUUCAGUUGUUGUAUAUUUUUAAUCGAAAAAAUCUAAAUCAAAUCAAUUAAA